GAUUCGGUCGCCGCCGUGAGACGCUUUUAUGGUUCUACGCGCGUCGGGAUCCCGAGCUGCUCCUUCCUGCGUCUCCCUCAUCCUCGCCAUCGUUCAUCAUCAUCAUCUUCUUCUUCUUCAUCGUCGUCUCCUCGUCGAAUCCCGUCCACGAAACUGCGAUUGGCCUCGAACCGGAGGGUCGAAGCGUCGUCGCCCGGAUCUUCCAUUUCCGUUUCUUGAAAAUCUGCCCAGCAUGGCGACACCGGAGGUCCUGCAAAGCCCAGAUGAGCUCCUCCUGCAGUCUCCUCUCGGCGGCCCUCGUCGCGCAGGCGAGAAUGCCAAGUCUCGGGGGCUGUCGAUCGAGAAGAAGAUCGAGUUUCUGGAGAGUUUGACUGGGGCGGUGAGCAACCGGAGGUCUCGAAGAUGGUUAAAUGACCGUUUGUUAAUGGAGCUUGUUCCUCCUUUAAAUGCCAAGGAAAUCAGAGGGCUCUUUGCUCCUCCGCCUUGGGGCGAUGAUGUCCCACCAUCCCCCUUUUGCAUGGCAAAUGCUCGAGAGUGGGACAAACUUAGGAAUAUAGACAUGGACAAAGAGGCCAAUAUGAUUGACAAUAUUAAAGCAUCAUCCAGAAGGCACAGAGCUCGUAUGGACACUGAUAAGGUGGCUGUCUUGAGUUCAUGGCGCAGAGUUGAUUGUCGGACUAGAGAGGCUCUUCGCCGUAGCUUUCUUUUUGAGCUCAUUGAAAGCUAUGAGGCAUGUGUACGGGCCUUCAUCCUGGAGAGGGGAGCUGAAGAUGUUCUCGAGCUCCAGGUUCAAGAUCCUUUCCAUAGGCUUCUGCUGCAUGGUGUUUGUGAGUUCUACAACUUGGCUUCGGUCACGGUUACCCAAUCAAAGGAUGCAGGGUCCCUGAAGGUCACAAGGAUAACUAGGAAGAAAGCAGGGUCUACCGAGCUCCCUAGCAUCACCUUGUCCCAGUUCCUGAGAAUGUCCAAGGAAGGGAUUUGGUAACAUUAUGUGGGAGCCUCCCGUGCUUGUCAAAUGUAAAAUAAAAACUGUAAUGCUGUACUUUAUUGAAACUGUUAGGUGCUUAGCAGGGAAAAGAAAUCUGCUUAGGUAGUACUCUAAUCUCCUGCAAGGGAUGUCAGUUAUUUUCCAACCUCCAUCUCUCAUGGAGAUUGUGAUUUCUUAGGGUUUAGCAUGUGCUGUUCGUCCGGACCUUUAUUCAUUUAUUAUUCUCCGUUUGGUACAUAAAUAAAGGAGAAUAUGUUUCCUA